CAGCCGAAUGCCUGCGAGCGGGGUCCACCUCGCCGAAGCGCCUGCAGCGUGUGGCACAGCCACGGAGACUGCGGGCAUGGCACAGCCAUGACGCGGCUGCGUGGGGUCAGCCACGGGGCCGCGGGCACGGCCCUGCCGCGGGGAAUGGCUGUGCUGGCAACCCGUGGGCAUGGGCCGGGGCUGGGCACCGGCUGCCCCGGCACACAGGGACUGGGACCGGAGGCCUCGCCGGGGCCGUGUUCCAGGUAGGGGUGGUGCUUGCGUGGCACGGGAAGCGGUGGCUGCUGGUGCUGCGGUGCGACAGUGCCGGUGCUGACAGCUCCCCUGCCCGCCGGGCACCCGCUGCCGGUGCAGGCAGGGCCCCGCCAUGGGAAGGCCGUGCCUCGGUGGUGACUCAGCCGGGGCCGAGGCAGCCGCCCUGCUUUGCCGGCAGCGCUCUGCGAGCGGGGCGGCCCGUGCGCGGUUUCCAGUCCGCUGGCGGGUUUGAUAGAAAAUGAUUCAGCUGCCGUAAUCGGGGCCAUCGCAGCUGGGAAAUCCAGCCCCCAGCGAGGAAUCCCCUGGCUCCCUGCCCGCGCUGCCGGCACCGCGGCCCUCCCCGGCCCCCUGCCCUCGCCAGGACGUGGGGUGCAGGCGCGGGCACCCCCUCACCACCCCCGCUGGGGCCGUCUGGGGAGCGGGGCUCCCCUGGGUGCAGUGCCCGGCACCCCCGGGGCGGGGAAGCGGUGACCUAGUUUGGGACACACGUACGAGGCGCGUGAUAGCAUCGGGGAGAGCGUGAGCCGGCACGGCUUCCUCUCGGGGAGGAAAUUGCCUCCUCUUCGAGGGAGAUAAACCCCAGGAAAGUCAACGCCGGCAGCGUUAACCCUCCCGUGCCUGGCUGCUGGCACCUCCCCAGGCUGGCUGUGCCGUGGGCAGGAACACCAGCCCCUGUCGACGUGGCGGGGGCAGGGGGCUGAGCACCCCAGCCAGCCCGGCGGCUCCGUUUGCAGAGCAUGGAGGGGGGGGGGCACGGUGGGCCCCACGGUGCCAGCAGGAAGGUGCUUGCUCGGGUAUGGCGGGGAGAGCACGGUGCAGGGGCUGCCGUGGGGCAUUCCCAGCCCUGUGACCAUACACCCGUGCAGCUCCGGACCACGGGGCCGCGGCUCCCCCCAUCCUGCCCGGCACAGCACCGGUGUCUGCGCAGUGCUGGGUGCCCGGCUCCCGGCACGCCCCGGCUGCCUGCAUCCCUGCCCUCUCCCUGCCCGCAGGUGAUCCUGGCAGCGCUGGUGCUGACGGCGAGUGAGUCGCAGCCCCCGGGGUGCCGGGACUGUGCCGUGCCCUGGGGGCAGCGGGUCCCGGUGCGGCCGCUCACCCGCCCGCAGAAGCACAUCACCAGACCCCUCUGCCCUGCCGGCAUGAACUGGAUCGAGGGGGCUCGCCGGUGCUGUGCCCCGUGUCCCGCAGGGACGUUCCUGCAUGCCCCUUGCUCAAGCCAUGGCAACGACAGCGUCUGCACCGCCUGUCCUGCCGGCACCUUCCGCGCCCAGCCCAACACUUUCCCCGAGUGCCAGGCUUGCUACGAGUGCGACCGCCACGCUUUCCAGAGCGUGCUGAGCAACUGCUCAGCCACCAGCAACGUCGCCUGUGGCUGCGAGCCCGGCCGCUUCCGCGACUGCCUCGACGACCGCUGCAGCGACUUCUCCUGCCAGCAGUGCCAGCCCUGCACCGGGCGGCUCAUCCAGCGGCCCUGCUCGGAGGCGCAGGACACGCUCUGUGGUAGCUGCAAGCCCGACUUCUAUGCCGAGGGUGGCGAGUGCCGGCCGUGCCACACGAGCUCCCCGGAGACGUGCAGCAAGGAGUGCCAGCGGGUGUGCGGCGGCGGUAGUGGCCGAGGCUCGGGGCUGGAGUACGUCCUGCUGGCGCUCACCGGGCCCCUCUUCCUGGGUGCCCUCGCCAUCUAUCACAAGAGGAAGCGGCUCCGGCACGAUGCUCUGACAAGCGGCCCCCUCCCUGUGGCACAGGUGGCCACCCCUGCAGCCGGGGCCGUGGCUGCGCCGUGGCACCAGGUCAGUGCUCGGGGGUGGGACAGCCCGUGCUGGAGCCAGCAGUACUCCCCCCAAGUGCCAGAGCAUACCACCGGCACGGUGAGGCAGAGCCCCGACCGCCGGGCCUUGCUGCCGGAGCAGCCCGGUGAUGCAGCGGAGCCCUCCGCCCCCCCGGAGCCCCGCGGUGCCCUGCUGCAGGGCAGCCAGCUCUAUGCCGUCAUCGACGCGGUGCCGGUGCGGCGCUGGAAGGAGUUCAUGCGGGUGCUGGAGCUGCGGGAGGCGGAGAUCGAGCUGGUGGAGCUGGAGGUGGCCCACAUCCGUGACCAGCAGUAUGAGAUGCUGAAACGCUGGUGCCAGCAGACCAGCGCCACGCUCGACCACGUCUUCGCCGCCCUGGAGCGCAUGGAGCUGGCCGGCUGUGCCGAGGCACUGCGCCGGAGCUUGUCGGCAAGCCCCUGACCCCCCCGGCAGUGCCACCCCAGCAGAUGGAGGUCCCGGCACCUCCCCGGCUCGCCGGGUGCCUUGGCUGAGCCAUACCCCUAAGUAUUGUUACUUAUGCCAUGUAGACAUUUUUAUGUCAGUUUUAUGUCCCCUACCUGCCCGCCCACCCCCUGUAUUUAUGUCCCACUGCACCCAGGGCCGGGGGGACCCUGCACCCUGGCACGCCGGCUGCCCGGCCGCUCGCGGGACGAGUGGGUGCUGGGCCCGCCGCGAAACCAUGGGAUAGUUCUCGAGGCCGCCCGCUGCCGGGCGCGCCUGCCCCUGCCCCAAUAAAAUGGUGAGUUCUCCGUCCGCUGGUCCCCGGCCCUUCUUCCCAGGGCUGCGCCGGCCCAGCUGCACCCGAGG